AUGAUAACCUAUGCGAUCUACCUUAUUGUCGAAAGCGGCCUCCCGCGCGACCACCACGCCCUCUUCGUCGAGACUCACGAGAACGGCUCCUCCACCGGCCACAUCUACCACAUCAAAGGGAACAUACAGGAAGGUAUGAUCUUCGAGCACCGGACUGAGCAGCCGCCGGAGGAGAUGCCAGGGUUCUGUGGCAAGGAGAAGCUGGGUGUGGUGGCGAUUGCAGAGUACGGGUGCGUCUUGGGGAUUUGUGAGGGCGUGCCAGUGCCAAAGAAGCAGUUUCACGGGGCGAGGAGGUUGUAUCCGUGGGAGCCGUUGAGACGGUGUCAGGAGUGGGUUGCUGAGGCCGUCGAUGCUUUGAAGGGGGAGGGGGUUUUGGUGGGGAGUGAGGAGUAG